AUGGUAUUUCCCCCUCAGGCAACUCCAGAAUAUCUUAAAGUAACCAAAAAGGCUUUUGAAGUGUGGAGUAACAGUUCAAAGUUUAAAUUUGAAUUAAUACACAAAAUACGGCCUUAUGCUCCCGAUAUAUCUAUUACAGUUGUACGGGGAAAGCACUAUUUUCGAGCAAAAUGCCAAGGUAGAGGUGAGUGCUCCAGUACAUUUGAUGGGCCCGGAAAGGUGUUGGCACAUGCUUAUUUCCCAAAAGGCAACAGUUGUAUAGAGCUUCAUAUUGAUGCUGAUGAGAAGUGGGAUUUAAGUUUAGAUGGAUCAAGUUCAGAAGAUCAGACUAGCCUACUUAUGGUAUUAAUUCAUGAAAUUGGGUAUAUUUUAGGAAUUGCUCACAGUGAUAUUGAGACAGCAAUAAUGUAUCCAUAG